UACUUGAUUUGCUCUUGUAAAAUCUCAGGCUAACGUGGCGCUUAACUCGGAGUACAAUUUCGGCAUGAGUGUGACUGGUCAGACAAGAGGGCAGACUGGGCUCAAGGUUGUCCUCAGAGUUCUCGACCCUGGUUUUGGUCAACUUGGUGGUAAUCUUCCAGACCUCGAAGAUGAGGUCCAAAUUCAGGUCUAUGACAAAGUGCACAUGAUUAAUCCCAAAGUCGAGGCCGAAGAGAUUCUCAUGACUCCAAACUCAGUCCUCAAACUUCACACAAACAGAGAUGAUGUGGAUGCGCUGUCAUACCGUAUGCUGGAUGACGCUGACCAGGUUGCUAUCGCUCAAGUUGAUGAAAAGGGCUUCCUCCACUCUGGGUCAAUCACUGGCACGUCACUACUGCUCGUUACUUUACAAGAGUCUUUUGGUGUCAAUCAGACUCUCAUCAUUGCAGUCAAGGUGGUGCCGGUGUCCUAUAUGCGCUUCAGUACCAGUCCAGCGUUACAUACAUACACAAAGGAGAGCCUGAAAGCCCUCCCUUUGGGCAUAGUCCUCACCUUCACCGUUUAUUUUCACGCCAGCACUGGAGAGGUCUUGCACAGCUCCAACAGCCAUCUCACCUUCUCCACUAACAGGGCUGACCUGGUGCAGGUCGGGUUUGGGCCAAGUAACCAUACUAUGAUAGUCCGGACCGUCAACACUGGUCUCACACUGCUGUCUGUGCACGACAGUGAAAACACUGUUGUGGCAGACUACAUUCCGCUUCCUGUGGAGCAUGCCAUCCAGCCAGAAGAGGCCCAGAGGCUGGUGGUGGGAGACGUCAUUUGCUUUACUGCUCAGCUGGACAGUGAAGACGGAGGCCACGGUAUUUGGAGCUCCUCAGCCAAUGCCAUACUCCAGGUCGACUCCAAAACUGGUGCGGCUGUAGCCAGAAACUCUGGGGCAGCUACUGUGUACUAUGAGAUACCGGGUGUUUUGAAAACAUACAUAGAGGUUGUGGUGGAAUCAGCUACCAACACAGCUGCAAAAGCACAACAAGACUUACCAGUGGAAACUGGCAAGCAGACUGAAGUCUUUCUCACGACCAGAGGACAAGGAACCAACCUCAUCGGAACCUGCUCCUCUUUCCAGACCGAAGCCGUUGCGCAACUGCAGCCAGAAACCUCUGUCGCUUGCCACCUGAGCUUUACCAACGAUGCUGUUGAUUUCCCAGCAAGCAGCGUCUUUAAAACGCACACCAGCUUUGACACCAGCAGUGGCUUCUACACGUGUUCCGUGACCUUGCAGCCAACGGCAGACCAACUGACCAGAGUUGCGAGCAUGACCUUGAGUAACCUGCUGGUGAAGGCUGCCCUGGAGGGCAGCGCUUUCUCGGGGGAGCAGGUCAGCGCCAGACUGCCAAUAGAGCCCGGCAUGUACUCGGACCGAACUGAGCUGACGCUCUCAAACCUGCGUCCAACUGCGGAGCUCACAGUCUUUGUUCCAGCUGCUGCCCAAGCAGACAUGGAGGUGGUCUCCAAUUCUCCCGUCAUUGGUAUUCAAAAGGCCGAGGCACAGUCCGACUUCCCAAGUCUGUCCAAGUACACCAUCAGGGCUUUGGACCUCCGAGCAGCCGGCUCUGCUUCCAUUACCAUCAGCAGUGCCUCCUCGGGUCAGAGUCUCAUCAUCCCGGUCACUUUGAUACACGUGGCUGAGCUUGGUGCAAACACACAAGAUGCUCUUCCACAUGUAAAAGUGGAAGAGGGCCGUGCUUACCACCUGAUGCUGUUCUUCACGUUUGCCCUGCUCGCCUUGUCAUCCAUCGUCUUCCUCGUUGUCCACGAGCUGUGCCAUCGCAAGCAGCAGCCGCACCCCUACUCUUUCAUCAUCAGGAGGCCUCCGCCUGCCCCAGAUUCCAUCAACCGCCCCUACUACCCUACACCCCGGUGCGAUGCAAACAGCAGCUUCAGGUUGCGUCUCUAUUCUACAAGACACUGACGAAGCCCUCAGCACCCCUCCUGUCCCAUAGACGGUCGUCACUGAAUGCACCUCAUCCGCCUCAGAAUGAAAGCUGUUGGAUGUGACUGCAAAAUUGUUGCAUCUUAAUAUUGGUACACUUACACUUACGCACCUGUGCAAGCAGGUAUUUAUAGCAGUGUGUGUG